AACGGGCGAGGAGGAGCACGGUGCAAUAAAAGCCUUCUCGAUCGUCUCAGUGCCGAAAAAGUUGGGAAAUUUAAGAGGCCAAGGCGCUGCUUGUGUUUCCAUGUUCAUGUGACAUGGCGAGUAUCAGUAAUCAUCUCCUCGACCGACCUAGUCUUUUUUAGCGGCGAUGGCAGAUCUGCGGGAUUGGGGAGAGGAGGUGGUGGUGUUGGCGGUCAUGGCGGACGGUGUGGAGGAGGAGAAGGAGAAGGAGAAGUGCUGUGAGGGAGAAGAGAGCAGCAGAGAUGAGGUGGAGACGGGAGGGGAUUUAUUCAGCGAGGAAGAGGGCUGCGACAGUAGCUGCAGCAGAUCCAGCCUCGGGACCUCGUCCUCGGCGGAGCAGACGGCGGCCCCGCCGCCGGUGGGUUGGCCGCUAAAGCAGAGCUCUGUUUCAGGCUUCGAGAUUGACGAUGAAAUCAAGAAGGCUGGUGAAGGGGAUGACCACGACGGAUUGGUCGGAGAUUUGAAGCCCAAGUGUUCAGAGAUGGAGAUGAUGAAAGAGAGAUUUGCCAAAUUGCUGCUAGGAGAAGACAUGUCAGGAUGUGGCAAAGGAGUGUGCACGGCACUGGCGAUCUCUAAUGCCAUCACCAAUCUCUGUGCCACAGCCUUUGGGCAACUGUGGAGGUUGGAGCCUCUUGCUCCUGAGAAGAAGACAAUGUGGAGAAGGGAGAUGGAGUGGCUUCUGUGUGUCAGUGAUCACAUAGUGGAAAUGAUUCCAUCUUGGCAAACGUUUCCUGACGGAACCAAGCUCGAGGUUUUAGUUCUCUUGAACAAAAACAUGUUUUUUGUGUGUGUCAGUAAAAUUUGUUUUCUUACAGUCGUUGAUUCUCAGGUCAUGACCUGUAGACCUCGAUCUGAUCUAUACAUCAAUCUCCCAGCUCUAAGGAAACUGGACAACAUGCUCCUUGAAGUGCUUGAUAGUUUCAAUGAAACAGAGUUCUGGUACGUCGAUCAAGGCAUCCUCGCGCCGGACAACGACGGUGGCGGCGGCUCCGCCUCCUUUCGUACGCUUCACCGGCGAGAAGACAAGUGGUGGCUCCCGGUUCCCCGACUUCCCGCCGAUGGCCUCCAAGAACAAACCAGGAAAGCCCUGAACCACAAGCGCGAAUCCACGAGCCAGAUCUUGAAGGCCGCCAUGGCGAUCAACAGCAACACUUUGUCGGAGAUGGAAGUCCCCGAGCCUUACCUCGCCUCGCUCCCCAAGAGCGGCAGAGCGAGUUUAGGCGAUCUGUUGUAUCGCUUUGUCACUUCCGAUCAGUUCACGCCGGAGUGCCUGCUCGAUUGCCUGGGUUUGUCGUCGGAUCAUCAGGUUCUCGAGGUCGCGAAUCGAGUUGAGGCGUCGAUCUACAUCUGGCGAAGAAGGGCAUCCGCUAAACCUCUCCUCGCCGAGCGAGCCGAAACGCUCUUGAUCUGCCUGAAGCAGAGAUUUCCCAACCUUUCUCAAACCGCGCUCGACACCAGCAAGAUCCAGUUCAACAAGGACAUCGGGAAGUCGAUCUUGGAGAGCUAUUCGAGGGUUUUGGAGAGCCUGGCGUUCAACAUCGUGGCUCGAAUCGACGAUCUGUUGCACGUGGAUGAAUACUGCAGGCAUUCAGAUCAGAAUUCUUCUUCAGUUCUUCCUCCUGCGCUUGGAAUCAUGGCGAAGAAGAAGAAGAACGCAGCAGCAGUGCCAGUCUCAGGCACCGUUCCUUACAUGGCUGCUUACGGCACACCGCUGAUAAGCUGCUCGUCGAGGGGGGAGCGAUCUCCGUUGGCGUACAGUAAGAAGCACAAUAAUCGUGGAUUUGGAGUGAAGAAGGUGUUGACGAGUUAUCUCAGCAGCGAGCUGCAGAAGAGCAAAGGCUCCGGUGAUGAAGCAGAGUCAUCUUCUUGUCCAAUUCCAUACAAUUACUGAUGAUAAACUGAACAACAUAUCAUGAAACAUCUAAAUUAGAGUUUGUAGUUUGUAUUAUUAUUAUUAUUAUUAUUAUUAGCAGAAUUUUAUGACAAUGGAAGGGGAAUCAAAUUUA